GAGCUUCAAGAGGCCUUCACCAUGAAUUGCUCAGCAAACAACACAAUUCCUCUCAGCAAGUUGGGAACUGUCAUCAGGUCUAUUGGCCGGGCCCCCACUGAGGCCCAGCUACAUGCUUUGUGUCGUGAAUUUGAGAGUAAAGGUAAUGAUUAACUUGACCUUUAGUUGACCCUUUGUUCGUUUGCAAGCUUUGUACGAAAAAUUAUAAUAAGGGAAAUAAAAGUUAGACACUUAAGACCUGGGCUAGCAACGAGUAAAUAUUUUUUGGCUGGCCGUCUGAUAAUUUUUGCAUGUUGUAUCCUGCCCGGGAACAGGUUCUGGCCACAUGCAUUUGUUUACAUUUGAAUCAACUGUCAUAUAUUUUCAAUAUUUAAAAAAAAAAUUCUCAUUUUUUUAACUUCACUGCAACAUAUGUUUCUCAAAAUUAUGCUUCACUUUUUACAAUGUUGAAGAGAAUGUGAACAUUUACCAAAGAACUUUAGGAGGACACAUUUUGUAAAGGCAAUAAAACAGAUUGUGAUUCUGACACCUGAUCUUAUAUUUGUAUUUUAACUCACACCCCAUAAGGCCCACAUUUUUUUUUUUUAGUAAACAGAGUGCAGGCUAAAAAUAAGAACCUAAUAGAUGACCUAUUGAUGUUCGUAAAGCCAUGUGCCAUUAUAGUCUAUCACCAUUAUAUUUAAUCAUUCAAAAUUUCAGGUAUCACAAAUUUGAACUGUGCACAGAUCGAGGCUAUUAUUGCUAAAUACGAAUUUGCCCCUGAAUCUGGUGAUGCCUUAAGAGAAGCCUUCAGGUAAAAAUAUAAUUAGACAGAAAGGUCUUAUCAACGCAUUAUUUUUUUCUUUCAGUAUACACAGUGUUACUCGGUACAUGAUUAUGGCUAAGUUUUCAGUUUUUGGUAUUUUUCAUAUGACAGGGAUUUAAUUUCAUGGACUGUUUUCUGGUCAUAGCUGUAGAGUCUAAUGACCCUAUUUGGUCAUAUUUAUUAGCCCUAAUCUUCUGCAAAAUACACUUAACUUAAUCAUUAUUUUCUAUUAAAUUGUAUGGAUCUCUUUCAAAGAGAAAAAAAUAUAUUUUAUAUUCUGUUAAAAUAUUCGUGUGUUGUUCUUGAUAGCAUCUCAUCUUCUCCAAAUGUUACUUAAGUAUGUGAUAAAAACCAGGCAGUAACAAUCUGCAUUGAAACCUUGUUAUGCCACAGUUAAUGGACUUUGAUCUGGUUGAAGUCGUCGUCUUCUAAGAUUUACAAUGUCUCAUUGUAGAAUUGACAAUUGUGUAAAUAAAAAUGCAAUUGUUUGUAGAAUAUUUACGUUCUUUAUUGUUGAGUUCUAAAUUUCAUAUUCAAGGGCCGUUCACAUUGUUGUUGAGGUCAUAUUUCCUCAGUACUUGAGAAAUAAUAUUAAAGUAUUACACUGCACUGACUCUGUUUACAAAAUAUUUCGCACUGCUAUGAAUUCUUUAAAAAUGUGAAACUUUUGUAUCUAAUUAGGUCAGAAACUAUAAUAAAAAUGGUACGCAAAACAUGAAACAACCGAUAUCUGAGGGAACUGAAACAAAAAAACUAUGGCUUCAUCAUUGUGAUGUAAUUCAAAUAUUUAUUUUUUUAAAAAUUUUUCAACUCAUCUCGUUUUGAAAAUGCCUCCACCUCUUAUGCAUUUAUAAUUUAUUGCUAUAAUACAAUCAGAUAUUUAAACAUUUUUUAAAACAGGAUAUUUGAUAAGGAUGGCAAUGGACAGAUAAGUGCUAAUGAAAUCCGACAUAUUCUGUGCAACUUGGGAGAGAAAAUGUCAGACGAGGAGGUGGAUGAGAUGAUCAGAGAGGCUGAUCUCACUGGGGAUGGAAUGAUUAAUUUUGAAGGUAAAAGUAUUUUCAAAAGUACUUUUGAAACAUUAAAACAUAUUUUUUCAAUUUUAAACCUUUAAUUUUUUCCUACAAUCAUUUACGUAUUCUAUUAUUUUCUUUAAUUUCAAGUAUUUCACGAUUACUUUUACUUUACGUUACAAAGUUAAAUUAUUUUCAGUUUUGACAAGGAAAAAGUUUAAUCACCUUUUGAUUAUAUAUAUAUUUUGUUUUCAGUGCUGCUCAUUUAUAUUGUCUAACACUCUGCCUCUAAAAAAAUUACAUAUCUUGUGGUCAUGUAAAAAGUUUGUAAUUAUUUUGCAGAAGAAUUUUGCUGUGUUCACCAAAGGGUGGUUAUGUAAAAGGUUUGUAAUGCUGUACAUUUGCUGACUCUAUCCCCAGAAUUUGUCAGGGUGUUUGUAAUGCUGUACAUUUGCUGACUCUAUCACCAGAAUUUGUCAGGGUGUUUGUAAUGCUGUACAUGUGCUGACUCUAUCCCCAGAAUUUGUCAGGGUGUUUGUAAUGCUGUACAUGUGCUGACUCUAUCCCCAGAAUUUGUCAGGGUGUUUGUAAUGCUGUACAUGUGCUGACUCUAUCCCCAGAAUUUGUCAGGGUGUUUGUAAUGCUGUACAUUUGCUGACUCUAUCCCCAGAAUUUGUCAGGGUGUUUGUAAUGCUGUACAUUUGCUGACUCUAUCCCCAGAAUUUGUCAGGGUGUUUGUAAUGCUGUACAUGUGCUGACUCUAUCCCCAGAAUUUGUCAGGGUGUUUGUAAUGCUGUACAUGUGCUGACUCUAUCCCCAGAAUUUGUCAGGGUGUUUGUAAUGCUGUACAUGUGCUGACUCUAUCCCCAGAAUUUGUCAGGGUGUUUGUAAUGCUGUACAUGUGCUGACUCUAUCCCCAGAAUUUAUCAGGGUGUGCCGGAAUCUGGUCCGGAAUCCAGUUCCGCCGGAUUUUGCACUAUCUGGUGAAAUCCGGUUCCGCCGGAUUUACAUGUAUUCCCGGAACAACCGGAAUUCGGAAUAUACCGGAUUUCGGAAUUUGCCAGAUUUUGUGACUCACCGGAUCAUAAUCUGAAAUAAAAGUAAUUCUCUUUCCCGAAUUCCACACGAUCACAAUACAUUAAUCGAUUAUUUCGAGCGUUGAGCUUGUUUAAUGUUUAAUAUUCUGAACAUACCAGAGGCUAGAGUCAGCACCGCUAAUAGUGACCAAUAGUGUAGGGACUUUGAUAAGAAAAUUUAAACUUUUUGUAAAAAUAAACCAAUGGCAUAGUUGAAAAGAGGUAAUUUUUUAAAGAAUUAUAACACCAAAAUCAUAUUUUUAGCUGUUGUAGUUUUAAAGUUAUGAAUUUUUAAAGUACGACUUGGUUUGUCAUUUUUUAACAUGGACUGCAUCUCCACAUUCUGUGAUCUCAUUCCGCCAAUCUCGUCAUGCGCAAUGACUAUAUAGUUUAUAUAAGGCAACGCAUUCCCUGCCUUAUCACUAAAAUACUGUUUAGACUUAGUUUAAACGUUCAACUUUGGCACAUGAAUAAUUAAUUAAAGCUUUCCCUGACCAAUGGUUUAAUAGUUUUUGCACACGGCAAACUCUUAUGAAUGAAACUCUGAGGUAGUACUACGAUACAGUUAUGCAAGUGGCUGUGAAUGGUUGCCAAUGACAACGUGUUGCACACGGUAAAUUCUGAUCAUUUAUAAUAUGGAUUCUACCGGGUUGUUAAAGCUCAAAUUAAAACAUUCCAGUUUAAAUGUCUUUAAAUGCAUUCUGAAACACAAGUUAUCAAUUAUUUUGAUGUAAAUAGUGAUAAUAAAUUAAUAUUUCCUAAGUAUCGUCAACUUCCGCCAUUAAAAAGGGGGGCGUGGCCAACCCCAUGGCGAAAUUAGGUUGAGCGAGCUGCAUAACCUGCUGCGAACGCGUAGAAACAUGGCGUCUCUCGUAAGACACUUAUCCAAAUGGAACGGAACUCAAAUAUAUAUCGAAAGUACUAAUUUAAUAAUAAAUAGACACACACAUCGGAAAAUUAAAAACUCGGAUUUUUUGGCGCCGAUUGCGAAUUCCCAUACACAAAAAGUAGUAGUCCACCUUGACUUACCGAAGUAUCUACCAAUAGUACCAAAAUCCGGAAUCCGGGAGAAACCGGAAUCCGGAUUAUUCCGGAAUCCGGAUCCGGCGGAUGUCGCAUAAGAAAAUCCGGAUCCGGUUGGAAAAAACGGAUCCGGCACACCCCUAGUGUUUGUAAUGCUGUACAUGUGCUGACUCUAUCCCCAGAAUUUGUCAGGGUGUUUGUAAUGCUGUACAUUUGCUGACUCUAUCCCCAGAAUUUGUCAGGGUGUUUGUAAUGCUGUACAUUUGCUGACUCUAUCCCCAGAAUUUGUCAGGGUGUUUGUAAUGCUGUACAUUUGUGACUCUAUCUCCAGAAUUUGUCAGGGUGUUAUGUGCAAACCUGUGAACUUGAACCAACCUCAAAUUUCAAACAUUCCGCUACGACCACCACCAUCGAUGUCACUUACUUAAUACUGACCUGCACUUCACAAUUCAUACUGCCGAUGCCAUGUGAUUUUUAUAUCUUUUUGAAAUCGGAAUAAUCGUUUUUCGUAGGAAUUUAAAGAUGCCAUUUUGUCAUGUUUUAAUUUUUUUUUUUAAAUUAAAAAAUUUGCAACUUAACUCACUUUAUUCAGACUUUUGUUAAUUCUAAUAAACUAAUCCAAAAACGUGUUAGCUUGUGUCAUGGCUUAUUGGAUUAUAAAUCAUGUAAUUUUUUAAGAAAUUUAAUAUACACGCUAAGUGGACUAUUUGGGGAAAUCUUCUCUAUUCUUUCCAUGUUAAUGAGUGCUAAGUAAUUAAGUUCCAUGUCUUCACUUGAUUUGUUACUCCGUGUCAUCUAAUCAGUCUACCUUAAGCUUGUAUGAUUGAACAAAAACAUCCAGACAUUUGUUUAGUUCAUGUUCAAAUGAGUUUUGUUUUUAAGUCUUCCUUAAGUUAACCAAAUGUUGUUAAUUUCGGCUAUUUGCCGUCCCCUCCUACAGUUUAAACCACUCUAAUAUGGUCAAUUUGGAUGUGAUACAAUAAAAUGCAGGUUUAUAAUCUUAUUGUUCUUAAAUUUUAUAAUUGUCUCUUUUGUGUCAUUAAUUUUACUAUUUUUAGAAAUGGAUCUUUUAAAAAUAUUAACUUCAUAUUAAAAUUUUUAAAAAACAAAUCUAAAUACCUUCCAUUUGUAUUAUCAGAUUUUCUGAUAAUUUUUGUAUCAUAUUUCUCUAAUAUUUCAUCAUCUUAGUAAUAUUUAAGUCUUUUUCAUAAAGGCAAUUGGACAUCUUUGAAAUUAGAUCAUCCAACACUUAUCUUGCAAUGGGAGACAUCAUAUAUUUAAAAAUAUUCAUUGUUUUUAGAUCUAUAUUAAUUAAAACUAUAUGAAAAGCUGAUCUCUUGGAGUGUAGCAUGUAAUGUAAGACUUAUUGGUUUUAAAAAGAAUAACAACUUACAAUCAAUGUAUCUAUUGUACUUUUUUUUUUUUAAAUUUUCGAAUUAUUUUGGCUUUCAGUUUUCUUAAAUGUGAACCUAUAUUGACUGCAAUAAUGGAGCCAUAUAUUUAUAAAUAUAUUUAAAUACAA